AUGUUCCACCGUCCUUCUUGGUCAAGACUUAUGAUAUGGUGGAUGAUCCUGCUACCGAUAAGUCGUUCGAUCUUCGAAUUGGGAUUGGAAAGAGCAGUUCUGGAAGAAAUAAUCAAAAAAAAAGAAAAACGAUGGGCUGACAGAUUGAGAGAGAUGACAGAAUCAAUCAAGGGUGGUUUAGAGUUUGAUUCUCAAGUGCCACUUCAGCAACAACAGUUGUUGUACAAUGGAAAAGAGAUGGGGAAUUCUGAGACACUGAGUUGUUUGGGUGUUACAAAUGGUGAUUUAAUGAUGAUGGUUUUCAGUCCUGCUUCUUCUUCCGCAAGGCCAGCAAGCCCGGAACCAGCAAGUGGGAGCCUGCUGGCAAAGAGAAUGUUAGUGAGUCUUAGCCAUGAUCAGACGAAUGGUGUCAAAGACGAGAAAGAAGAAAGAGGAAAAUGA